UUUGUCAAGGGGGUGUAAACGGCCUCUGGGCUAAUAGGCUUGGAAGGAUGACGUUGAGCUAAAGACUCCAACCUUUUUUUUUUUCCCGUUGCACUCGCCACACUUGUUUACUCCUGACAUUUGUUGAUUUUUGCUUUUGAUAAGCUUUGGCACACAAGCAGGACGGAGUUCGGAAUCCAAAGACCGACAGUACAUCGAUAAGUCCUCGAAGACAAGAUCAAGAAGAGUCAGCAGAUUAAAAAAAAAAAAUCUUGGAUGUUUCUUCGAGUUUCUGGGACUGUUUCAAGUGGUGCUGUCAAGAGAGAGCCGAGCUCAACUCGCUGAUUUGAGCUGCAGACACUGAGGCGGAGCGCGGCGGCGUGAGCAGACGAGACCGUGCCCAUGGCGAGCAAUAACACAGCCAGCAUUGCACAAGCCAGGAAGCUGGUGGAGCAGCUGAAGAUGGAGGCCAACAUCGACAGGAUAAAGGUGUCGAAAGCAGCGGCAGACCUGAUGUCCUACUGCGAAGCGCACGCCAAAGAAGACCCGCUGCUCUCGCCAGUUCCCGCCUCAGAGAACCCCUUCCGGGAGAAGAAGUUCUUCUGCGCCAUCUUGUAAAAAAAAAAAACCAACAAAUAAGUAAUGGUGACAUCACCGACGCCAUGCACGAAGUUUUGAACGCGGACGUUGGGGUCGGGGGUAAGAUGUAGAAAUCUUAAGGAAUCUCAUCUGUGGAUGAGAAGCAUCAGAGGCGUUUGUGGUGGCUUUUUUUUCCGGGGGUGAAGCAUGAUGAGGGUCGGUGCUUUGAUGAUGAUGCUAACGGAGUGAUGAUGGACGACUCUUCAGGCUGUGACGUGUGCAAAACUAGUUAACUUUUUGUGUUUUUUGUUUAGAGGUGUGCGCGUGUGCUUGUGUGUGAGUGAGUGAGUGAGCGAGUGUGACUGACUGUCGCACAGUAGGACUGCAAAUUAAACGUUCUCUCCCUCCGCUAGAUACCACCUGACGGUUGAAACUAUGAUUUCAGUGGUUGCUCUUACCCGGAUAUAUCUUUCUAUAACUCUAUGUGGUUUCUUUUUUAAUUUCUAUUUUUUAACAUCCAUAAAGUUAGCGACAGCUUUUCAGUGGGAUGUUUUGGAAUACUCGGUGGUGUGAUUUUCUUCUCGACAUACAGUGCAGAGUAAGUUUAUGGGAAACAAACAAACAAAAAAAUUCCGUCUACGGGACGAUCUGUUUAACGACAAUGUGAUCAAGUCUGUCUCCUUUCCCGUCACGCAAACGUUCUUUCUACUCUUUGUACAAAAACAAAACGAUACGCGAGUAAAACUGUUAUGUGCCGUAAAA